AUGACGGCUGGAGGCAACCGGUCCAGCCCCCAGGCACUCGCGAGGUGGCUCGCGCAGGAGACUGCCGGGGGGGAGCGCGGAGAGGAGAGGGGGAUCGGCGGCCACCUUUCCCCAUCCGGUCAUGCGCACGCUGCGCCUCGCUCGACCAGCCCGGACAGAAAACGGGCGGUGGGGCGCAGGCUCUGGGGCGCGCUCUGGGGCGGCGAGCACCGCAGCGGCGGGCGCGUCGCCGCCGAGCCGCUCGUGACGACGACGGGAGGUGCGCUCGACGGGCCUGAUCUGAUGCGAGACCGGGGCGUGGCAGCGGAGGGAGGUGAGGAUGCGGUGGAUGAGCGGGAUGCCAGCGGCGACGGUGCCAGGAACGGCGUCGGCGCGACCGGAGAGCGCCUCGCACCAAACCAGCAACCGUCGGGCCCCGUCCCCGCUCUUCCUCUCGAAGAGGAGGGCGCCGUUCAUGACCCGGCCGCCAAGCACCUGGCGAGCGCGCUGGCCGGGGUCAUGGCGCACGGCCCCGAGGCGGAGGCCGCGGUGAGGGCCGCCGUGGCGAGCGGCGUGGCCUGGCGGGCGAGCGCCCCGCCACCCGCGCCCCGGGAGCCGGCGGCGGCGCCAGGGCACACACUCGCGCACCUGACGGCCACCUGGCGCGAGUGGGUGGGCCAGACCCUGGACUGCCUGGACGGGGUGCUGGGGUGCGGCACGGCAGAGGAGCCUCGGCGCCUCAGCCUGGCGUGCAGUCCGGGGUCCGAGACGGCGCUGGCCCUGCUCGCCGUGGCCGUGCUCAGGCGGCGCGGCAGGCUCUGCAUGCUGGAGGCCGCCACCGCGGCGGCCGCCUGGGGCCUGGACUCACGCCUGGAGGCCUGGCAGCUGGAAAGUCUGCCAAUCCUCUUGGCAGAUGCCUGA